GCACACCUCUCCCGACACAGAGCGAGGGGGCGAGAAAGUUGCUCUGGAAGCAGCAGCAGCGGGAGCAGGAGCAGGAGCAGGAGCAGGAGCAGAGCCAGCCUUUCGCACACACGCACGCACGGUGGCAGGAGAGAGUGCGGAGCUGCCCCUGCCAGCACUAGGGCGGCUGGAGGAAAGAGAGGAGAGAUGGAGCCAGGUAUCCAGCUCCCAGGGAGGGCAGGCAGCUGAAGCUCUCGCAGCCCCUCGCCCGCCGCCCCCAGACCCCGCCGCCGAGCCGGGGGCAGCGCUCCGAGAGAAGAGAGGAGGAGGAGGAGGAGGAGGAGGAGGAGGAAGAAGAAGAAGAAGGGGGGCGGCGGGGAGGCGGCGGGGCUGCCCCUCAUCCCGCAGCCCUCGGGGGCAGCUCGCAGCCGGCCCGGGACGGGUCGGGACGGGGCCGGCCGGGGCGGGCGGGGGCAGGCGCCUCGCCGGGGGUCCCGCGGGGAAGGGGCAGCGGCGGGGGGGGGCGAGGCCACCGCAGCGGGGGGAAGCGGCUCCGGGGGCCACCCCCAUCCCCCGACGAGGGGGCAAGCGACAGCCGCCGGCUCCCUCCUCUCCGCGAUGUGAGAGCCGGCCCCGGCGCCCCCUCCUCCUGCCCUCCCUCCUCCUUCCCUCCGACGGCCCACGGUGCCUCUGGCUUGCAGGGCCGCCCGCAGAGACGCCGCCGGCCCGCGGCCCCUCGGGGGCUACCUGCCGGCCCCCGCCGCCGGCCAGCGCCGGGACCGUCGCCGCCGCCGUCGCCUCUGUCGCCGCGUCCCGCCCCGACGUGGCUCCGCCGUGGGGCUGCGGCCCCCCCCGCUGCUGCUGCUGCUGCUGCUGCCGCCGCUGCCCCGACGGCGGCGCGGCCCCCGCCGCCCGUCCUGCGGCUCCCGGGGCUCCGGCGGUGGCCCCGGCGCCGGGGACGGUGGUGGCGACGGCGGCGGCGGCGGCGGCUCCUCCUCCUCCUCCGCCUCCUCCUCCUCGGCCGCCGCCGCUGCGGGGCCCUAAAGCCGCCCGGCUGAAGAGGAUGGUGCGGCUGGCGGCCGAGCUGCUGCUGCUGCUGGGGCUGCUCCUGCUCACCUUGCACAUCACCGUGCUGCGCGGCGGCGGCGAGCCCCAGGGUCCCGGCAACCACAGCCAGCGGCAGAACACACUUACUACAGAUGACCAUUCUCCUGAAGACAGCUUUACCCUGAACCCCGAGGACAGAAGAGAAUACCCUGAUCUCCAGGCUGCCCACCGGCCAUUCCCUAAGCAGCGAUUCAGGCAGGAAAACGGGCACACGUCCUUACAAAGAGAUGGACCCAGAUCUUUCCUCCUGGAUCUCCCAAACUUCCCUGACCUGUCAAAAGCAGAUAUCAAUGGGCAGAAUCCCAACAUUCAGGUUACCAUUGAAGUGGUGGAUGGUCCUGACACUGAGACAGACAAGGACUUGCAGAAAGAGAGCAGCAAGCCUAGCUGGCCAGUCCCAUCACCCGACUGGAGAAACUGGUGGCAGAGGUCCUCCACCUUGACUCGCAUGAGCAGUGGUGACCAGGACUACAAGUACGACAGCACUACCGAGGACAGCAACUUCCUCAGCCCUCUCGGUGGGUGGGAUAGUCAUGCACCCAGUCACCGAACGUUUGAGUCCAAGGAGCAGCCAGAGUAUGAUUACAUUGAUGGUGAGGGAGACUGGAGCCCGUGGUCCCUUUGCAGCGUCACCUGCGGGAGCGGCAAUCAGAAGCGGACGAGGUCCUGUGGGUACGCCUGCACCGCCACCGAGUCACGGAGCUGCGACAGGCCAAACUGCCCAGGGAUAGAAGAUACCUUCCGGACAGCUGCCACAGAAGUGAGCUUACUGGCUGGAAGUGAAGACUUCAAUGCCACCAAACUGUUUGAAGUUGACACUGAUAGUUGCGAAAGAUGGAUGAGCUGCAAAAGUGAGUUCUUGAAGAAAUACAUGCACAAAGUGGUCAAUGAUCUUCCCAGCUGCCCAUGCUCCUACCCCAGAGAAGUUGCAUACAGCACUGCUGAAAUCUAUGAUCGAAUUAAGAGGAAAAACUUUCGCUGGAAAGAUGCAAGUGGCCCAAAGGAAAAACUGGAGAUCUAUAAGCCCACUGCACGAUACUGCAUCCGCUCCAUGCUCUCUUUGGAGAGCACAACGCUGGCAGCUCAGCACUGCUGCUAUGAUGAUAAUAUGCAGCUGAUUACCAGAGGGAAGGGGGCGGGUACACCAAACCUGAUCAGCAUCGAAUUCUCAGCAGAACUCCAUUACAAAGUGGACAUUCUGCCCUGGAUUAUAUGCAAAGGGGACUGGAGCCGAUACAAUGAAGCACGGCCUCCAAACAAUGGGCAAAAGUGUACAGAAAACCCUUCAGACGAAGACUAUUACAAGCAAUUUCAAGAAGCAAGGGAAUACUGAAAAGAUUUUCCUCCUCUUCAGACAGAAAGUAGCAUUCAUUUCCUGGAUGCCCAAGAACUGAUAACGGCUGCUGCAUUAUCUCCGUGACAGGAGUUGAUCAGUUUCUUUCUAAUGAAUGUAUAUAGUUGUAAUAUAAUACAUAAGUAUUUUUCAUAGUGUGUGUAAUUUAUAAACACAUAUCUCUCUAUCUCACACACACCUAUUUUUGCAUACAGACAUACAUAAAACUUGUCCUGGUAAGAUUUUAUACUGCAAUAGCGUUCGUUUAAUAAUGUGCAUUUCAUUUUAUUCCCCAACUAUAACAUAAAUAUGAGAUGGGGGGUGGGAAGGAGUGGAGCAGCUGCCAUCACCAUCAAGCCCAAAGCCCCAGCUGAGGAGGGCACAUAUUUAAAAGUUAUUAUAAACAACAGGAUUGAAAAAUGUACUCUUCCAUAUGGGAAUGGUUUACAAGAUUAAUGCACCUACGGCAUCAGUUUUCUCCAUAAUUGACAUCAUGAUUAGGCAUAUCUAAGAAAGGAAGAUUUUUUUUAUGGAAGGCUAAUACUUAAAAGUGGGUAUAGUACCUUACUAGCAAUUCUUGCUUGGAUUUCUUCCUGUUACCCUCUAGCUCAGGUCCUUGCUGUCCAUCUGGGGUAGGCCUGCAGGGAGGUGUAGCUGUGGUUUUCCUGUGGACAAGGACACAACUCAGUGGUUCUCCAGGUGUCACAAACAGACCAUUCCUGGAGACUUCUCAGAUACGGAACUACAGCUGGCAGGGCUUAUGUCUUACACUGGGGAGCAGAGCUUCAGGGCAGCUACCUGUAAAUUAAGCAUGCUGUAAGUCUUUGGAGGAGUGAGGCCACGGAAGGAAAUCAUGUCAAAGGCAAAAAGAAUCACUGUUACUUCUCAAUUUUUAACAUGAAGAGUGAUUAGAUCUGCUUCUUUCUUUUAAGAAAAGUUUAUUUUAUAAAAAACAGGAGAAGUGGAAAAUACAUUUCUAAUUCCCUCAGACAAAGCAUGGAACCAGCCUCUUUUCCCCUUUUUAUCAUAUGCUGAGUGUACAGUACUCUAUAGAAGAAGCUAUUCUUUAAGCAAGCUGUCUGGGAGGGACUAUGGUGAGUUAAGUUUCUUCCUUUUUUUUUUUUUUUAAAAAAAAAGCUAGCAUUAUUUUUGUAAAGUAUUUAUUGUAUUAUAACAAUAACUCACAUAUGGGAUGUCUCUUACAUGAAAGGCUUCUGUAGAUGGAACUCGAAUGCCAGGAAUAAGACUGGUUUUUUUAGGCAAAGGUUUUACUUCCAAAUUUUUAUAAAGUGCACGUUUACAUACAUAAUCCUGUAAUUAAGCACCUGAUACCCGUGUUCUUAUGGAAGAUAAAAAUUACACCAUGGGUAAAUAAAUACUUUUCCAUCCUUUAUAAAUACAGUUCCAUCCUUUAAAA